AUGCAAUAUAAGCAAUAAAAGCUGCGCUACUUGCCGGCAUUUUGUCAGUGUAAAUUGGUGAAGGGAAACAGCCGGAAGCCACGAGUAAAAAUCAUAGAAAUCACUAGAGAAAAGUUCGAUUUUACAGGGCGUCGAAGAACCAUGUUGGACUUUUACUACAUGCUGUACUCGGCACCCUGCCGUUCCAUCCUGAUGACUGCCCAUGCCCUGGGACUGGAGCUGAACAAGAGGAAGGUCGAUCUGGAUGCCGGUGAUCAUCUGAAGCCCGAGUUUGUCAAGCUCAACCCCCAGCAUACGAUUCCCACCCUGGUGGAUGGCGAAUUCGCCGUUUGGGAGUCGAGGGCCAUUCUUAUUUAUCUGGCGGAGAAGUACGACAAGGAUGGCUCUAUCUACCCGAAGGAUCCCCAGCAGAGGGCCGUGAUCAACCAGCGUUUGUUCUUCGAUCUGGGCACUCUCUACCAGAGCUAUGUCUGCUACUACUAUCCCCAAUUGUUCGAGGACGUGAAGAAGCCGGCUGAUCCCGAGAAUUUCAAGAAGAUCGAUGCCGCUUUCGAAAUGUUCAACACUCUUUUGGAGGGCCAACAGUACGCCGCCCUCAACAAGCUGACUCUGGCCGAUUUUGCUCUGCUGGCCACCGUUUCCACUUUCGAAAUAUCGGAAUAUGACUUUGGUAAGUAUCCAAAUGUGGUCAGGUGGUACGAUAAUGCCAAGAAGGUGAUCCCCGGCUGGGAGGAAAACUGGGAGGGCUGCGAGUACUAUAAGAAGCUGUAUCUGGGCGGCAUUUUGAACAAAAGAUUCCUCAACCGUAAAAUGGACCUAUACUACAGACCCGGAUCUGCUCCCUGCCGUUCUGUUCUGAUGACAGCCAAGGCUCUGGGUGUGGAGUUCGAUAAGAAGACGAUUAUUAACACCCGUGCUGGGGAGCAAUUCAAACCGGAAUACCUUAAGAUCAAUCCCCAGCACACGAUCCCCACGCUGUAUGAUAAUGGUUUUGCCUUGUGGGAAUCGCGUGCUAUCAUGGUCUAUCUGGUGGAGAAGUACGGCAAGGACGACAAGCUCUUUCCCAAGGAUGUCCAGAAGCAGGCGUUGAUUAACCAGCGCUUGUACUUCGAUAUGGGCACCCUUUACAAGAGCUUCUCCGAGUACUAUUAUCCCCAGAUUUUCCUUAAGAAGCCAGCCAAUGAGGAGAGCUACAAGAAGAUCGAGGUUGCCUUCGAGUUCCUGAACACCUUCCUCGAGGGACAGACCUUCAGCGCUGGAGAGGAUUAUAGUCUGGCUGAUAUUGCCUUUCUUGCCACAGUGUCCACCUUUGAUGUAGCCGGUUUCGAUUUCAGGCGGUAUGCUAAUGUGGCCCGUUGGUACGAGCAGGCCAAGAAACUUACGCCCGGUUGGGAGGACAACUGGGCUGGAUGCCAGGAGUUCCGAAAAUACUUCGACAACUGAUCUCUUAAAUUUCGAAAUUUGUUACCCUUGUUUCACAUUUGUAAACAAUAUUUUAAAGGCUUUGCUGACUAAGCUAAGAUUGCACAUAAAAAAAAUUGUAUUCAUAAUAAUUUAUUCGGGGAA